GGGAGGUGGGCGGCAGAGUAUUAUCAUACGCGAUGGUGCAUGGAAGCUAAGUUGGGGCCUGUUGUCUGCCAUUCUCUCUAUCCCAUUCCCGUUCUUGCCAACAACACCCUUAGAGAAUCUUCCCAUUCCCCGAACUAUCUGGUGGUAAUUCAUAGAGAUGUGGUGGAAGUUGAAAGCAUCGUAUGAAAGUCUGCCGCAGUCGGAGAGCAAAGCAGGCGAAACGUCGGCCUCCACGUCAUGGUUUGCACAUCGUUGGCCACGGUCUACGGUUUGUCUUGGUUUAACGAACUUCAUCACACUUGCUGUCCUGUUUUAUAAUCUCAGCCCAAGUCAGUCUCGAACAGUGUUUCUCCAACAAUGUACUAAGAGCCUAUCGACGAUGUGUGAGUACGGAGUCUGUCUUUCGCCCGUAAAAGUUGUUACUGGCUGAUCCAUGACUGCAGCGCCUGCAUUUGAGGCGGUCAAGUACAAAGCACCGGAACAUUACAACGCUGAGUUCAGACAGACGAACAAAUGGCGCGGUCCUCCCGGGACGCAUUCGAACGAUGUCGACAUUGCAUGGCACCAGAUUGAACUUGGGGCUGGCGGCAUCCGGGUCACUGCCGAGGAACUAAAGCUGCUCAACAUGACCGACUCCCCGGAAAUGCCAUUCCACAAAGUUCCCGAUGAGCAUGGAGGCGGUUAUUUAGCAAUGCUUGAAGUCUUCCAUCUGCUUCACUGCUUAAACUCUUUGAGGAUGGGUCUGUU